CCUUUACAAGAUACCAUAGUACAUUUCCGUUGACUUUCAGUCGACAGGCUCAAGAAAAACUGGCUUCGAUUUUAGAGAACUUGAGUUAGGAUGUCGGUUGAUUUCAAGGUAGCUCGUAAGGCAUGGCGAUCUCUGAGUGGCUUGUUUGCAGUCUACAAGCCAGAAGGACUUUCACCUCAGAAAGUCAAGCAUAUUGUCAAGAUGACUCUCCUUGAAGAGCUGAAUGCGCUGAAGCAGAGACCUCAGAACACCCUGGUGAAGAUUGUCCCUGAGACCGAUUCUCGGGUCACGGCCACCAACCCCGGUGCCUUGAAGGCCAUGAAGGUACCCAGCUUCACAGACCAUCCCCUGGUGAGAGGACCGGCCUACAGGGACAUUGCUGUAUCUGUGGUGUCCAUGGGGUUGGACACCAAGUCUUGCGGGGUGAUGGUGUUAGCUGUACGGGAUGGCAAGAAGCUUGUGAGUCAAUAUCAGACGGCAAGACUACCACGACAUUACACCAUAAGAGGGCGCUUUGGUGUGGCGACGGACACACAUGACAGCCAAGGCAAGGUCUGGCAGAAAACAACAUAUGAUCAUAUCACCAUGGAGAAGCUAGAUCGCAUCACUUCAAACAUCCACCGCAGCUUCCAACGAGAACUGAUCCGCCAAUCGGGCGUGGACAUCCAAAGCCAGGAGGCCUACGAGCUGGCAGUGAGGGGGCUGUUACAUCCGGUAGGACGGACAAACCCUCUCCUGACAGACAUCACUUGCACAAUGUUUGAGCCUCCAGAGUUUGAAUUGGAGCUCACCAGCUACGCAGACACAGCUCAAUACCUCAGGAAGGUCAUCCAUGAUAUCGGCCAAGAACUCAAAUCCUCCGCCAUCGCUACGCAAGUGAGACGGACACACGACGGACCGUUCAACAUCGAGCAUGCCCUGCUCAAGAAACACUGGAAGCUGAAUGACAUUGCUGCAGCCAUCGAGGAGUGUCGGCCGCUGGUUAGACCGUCAGAGCUGGUUCCUCUCAGUCAGAGCAGGGAGGCUGUCAGGGUGAUGGAGGAGGUGGAUCAGAGGUGGAACCAGGUUCACCAGGAUUGACACGAAGAUAUUGAAAACCACAAGACUAUGGCGUUAAAGACAUCGUUUAACAAUGUGAAAUCGGAGAUGCAUGGCCCUACGUGUUAUCAGUGCCUGUGAUAUGGUGUAAUAGUGAA